UUGAGUGAACAAUUCUUUUGGAUGUUGGCGACCAUGGCCUCGCCUCCGAGGUCGUUACGCAGAGGGAGUGACAUUUCAUCUGCUGGGAUGUAGCUGGAGAUAAGAUAAGAGCUGCACGGCCCCCAGAGCACGGCAAUUGGGGCGAACCUCCAAAUUUUGGCAUGCGCGCGCAUCCUCCAGUGACGUCUCCGCCAACCUUCUUUCUCUCUGACAACACACGAAAACCCAGCCACUUCUUUCGACAGUACCUCUACACACAUACACACACCCCCGACACGCACGCACGCACGAAACGAUGUCAGAAUACUGGAAAUCGACGCCAAAAUACUGGUGCAAACACUGCAGCAUCUUUGUCCGCGACACGAAGCUCGAACGCCAGAACCACGAAGCGACAGGCAAGCACCAAGGCGCACUCAAGCGGUUCCUGCGCGACCUCCACCGCGGCCAUGAACAAGAAGAGCGCGAAAAGGACCGAGCGAAGCGCGAGGUGGAGAGGUUGAAGGGUAUAUCAUCGGGCACGGGGUCAUCGCAUUCAUCAUCAUCAUCAUUCUCGAAACUCGGUUCGAGCAGCAGCGGCGGCGGAGGGCCCCCGUCAGCAGAGUCGCAGCGCAAACAGCAGAUGGAACAGCUCGCUGAGAUGGGGGUGUCGAUACCGACGGAGUUUCGGGGCGAUAUGGCGAUGGCGGGGGAGUGGACUGUUACUGCGACAAAGGUUGUUGACGAGGAGGCGGAGAGGGAGAAGCCUGUUGAGGCCAAGGCUGUUGGAGUGCGGAAGAGGGAGCAGACAGAGGAGGAGAGGGAGGAGGAGGAGGCUGUGAGGGGGUUGUUUAAGAAGCCUAGGAAGUGGGGGAGUACUAGGGCAAUGCCGGCUGAUGAUGAGGAUCUUGAUGCGUUGCUGAGUGGGAAUACGCUGAUGAGGUCUGUGAAGAAGGAGGAGGAGGAUGAGAAUGCUGAGGUGGGUGUUAAGAAGGAGGAGGAGGGCCAUGGCGGGGAUGAGGUGAAGCGGGAGGGUGAAGGAGAGGAUGCGACGGGGGUGACGUCUGAUGCGCCGGCUGUUAAGAGAGAGCCGGUGGAGGACGAGGUUGGGAAGGGUCUUGAUGUGCCGGCGUUGGGAGAGGACGGGGUCAAGAAGGAGGACGAGGCUGCCGAGGCCACGGAGGCCGCGGUGCCGGCGGUGGUGUUUAAGAAGCGCAAGCCCAAGAACAUGCGACAAAAGUGAUUUUUUUUUUCUUCUUCUUUGGUGGGGAAUGGAUAAUACAGCAUGUCUGGAGUGCAUAGCGAAGGCGUUGAUGAUUUCUUAGACUACCUUGGACACGGUGAUGGCCUGAUGGAGGUCACUUGAAAAGAUGUACAGAUCAACGGCCGUCAGGGAUAAUAUGAGGAGUACUGAGAUUAUGCUCAAUUGCACAGUUGCAUUGCAUCUUCGAGGGACGAAUCCUGCUGGAGCGGCAAUACCUUGCGGUACAGCAUCCCAUGUCCCGACGGUACUUGGUACGCAUCGUCCCAUCACCAAACGUACCAAUGACAGCGCCUGAAUCUUCCCCCAGGACGGGAGUUAGCGGGGUAACACGUG